AUGCAUCUGUGGCAGGCCACUGUUCCAUUCUGCCUGCUGGCAUCGGCCGCCCUGCCUGCUGCCGCGGCCUCGGCUUGGGGGUUUACUGAUGCCACCGUGGCCGUUCAACCCAAGGGUGCCGGCAUUAACGGCGGCGUGAAGGAAGAGCUCUCUUCCUCGAAGCCCCUUGCCAACCCGGUCUCGUUCGCUGGUGCCGACACAUUGCGCGUCACCUUGACUACCCAGGAAGGUAGCUCCGCGAAGCGACCACACCAGGCUUUCCUGUUGUUGAAGGAUAACCAGAGUGGACUGGACAUCUCCUACCCUUUCACCGUCAAGGAGAAUGGAAAGUCUCGCGUGGAAUUGACCCAGAAGGAGCUUCCGCUUCAAUUCCUGACUCUCCCCGGCCCCGUCGACGCCCGCAUUCUCAUCGGUGGCUUUGGUAAUUCCGAGGCCUACGACCAUUCUGUUUUCAAGCUGUCCAUCGACCGCGACCCCAACAUCCCUAUUCCGACCACCGAGGCCCCGAGAUACGGAAAGCUGCCAGAGAUCCACCACAUCUUCAAUAAUGACCCUUCCAAUCCGCCCAUUGUCCUCACUCUGGCCUUCGUCGGUGCUGUGAUCGCUGCUCUGCCGGUCUUGGCCGGUCUGUGGCUCUUCCUCGGCGCCAACGUCAACCACCUCCCCACUGCGCUCAAGUCGGCCCCUCUGCCGCACGCUGUCUUCCUCGCCUCCUUGGCUGCGUUCGAGGGUAUCUUCUUCCUCUACUAUACCUCCUGGAACCUGUUUCAGAUCCUGCCCGCCGCGGCCGCUGUUGGCGCGGUCGCAUUCGUGAGUGGCAGUCGCGCUCUGGGUGAAGUCCAGGGCCGCCGCUUUGCCGGCCUGCGGUAA